GCAAUGUAAUUAAAGACAGUUUUGUUUAACUGAUAGAGGGCUUGGAGGUGUUUCAUGAAGGGAACUAUUAUGCAUUCAUGCAUGCAUCAAAUCGAAUCAAUAAAAUUAGGAUUCAAUUGUCAAAGGAAGAAGCAUCUCAGCUUUUCUUCAUCUGUAGAUUCUGUAUGCAUUUUUGAUUAAGCUUCCAAUAAGGCUUUAAUUUUAUUUCGUUACCAUAGUGAAUAGUGCCGAUAGCCUUGCUGAGCAAACCUACUCAAUUCAAUGAAGCUUAAAUUCAUUGAGAUAUGGAUCAAUUCAAUGAAAGUAAUGCUGGGUUCCUAGUCUAGCUGAUUCAUUGGAUUUUGCUCAGUCAUAUGCUUUAGAUUAUGCUAUAAUCAAAUCAUUGUAAUCCUCUUUUCCAUAAGGGGUAUCCAUAUACAUAUAUGUGUAGAGGAAGAAGGACACCAGACAUAUACUUCUUUCCUUGAUCCCCAACAUUGUGUGGUCCAUUGAUCUCCCCUUUAAUAAUCAGACAGUGUGAUAUUUAUACAGAAAACCUGCAUUGUAUUGCAUAGAGUUGAUGCAGUUCAAUGCAUCUGGAAGACACAAGAUAAGAAAAAGCUAGUAAGAGCUUAUUUCUGAUAAGACUGCAAUGUUAUUAAUCAAUGCUUUGUGAUAGAAGAAAAUCUCUUGUCCUUGGAGAACUUUUUACUUAAUUGUAUAUUUCUUCAAAAUGCAAAGUUUUCCUGACCUUGACAGAAUUCUCAUCAUAUGGAGAAGACUGAUAAUUUGGGUGAAAGAUUCUUGGAUUUAAUUUAAAUUUCAAGAUCUCUUUUUAAUACUAGCGUACAAAAAGAAGACCCACUCCCAAUAUAUAAAAUCGGCAUCAUUCAGGAUUGCCUACUAAUUAAUAGGUAAUUUUCAGUCAUUCUAGGAACUUGUUAUGAGCUUUGUACACAUUCUUGAAAUGAGUAAAUAAAACCUGUCAGAAACUAAUGUAGGCUUAAUUUUGAUUUGUGACCUGCACUUUCAUUUGCUUUUCUAUAUAUUCUGUAUACUACUUGUUUUGUAGUAUAACUGCCUUAUGAGUUAUAGUGAUCAGAAAUAUGGAUUACAGUUUUUUUUCAGGGUUUGUUUCAUGGAAUAUAAAAUGAUAUAGAAAGGAUUCCUCAAACAUUCAACUUUUAAUUAGGAGAUUGCUAUUAUUUUUGUAGAUUCUUGAGUAAAGAAUGCACAAAAGCUAUUUUUCUGAUAGCAGAAUGACCCAGGCUUUCUUCCCUGCCAUUGCAAGAAUGAAGUAUACAAUCUGGUGCAUACUUAUUUGGAUGUAAUUAAGCCCAUUGAAUGAAUGGGAUUUACUUCUGAAUAAACAGAGCAUGGAUUUUUCUGGGUAUGGCAAAUAUUACUAGUACAACUGUAGAAGUAUUACGUCACACAUUCCCAAGAGCCUAAGGGUAAAAUUCUGAUAAUAAAUUAUUCGAAACCUAAAAGGAAUUCAGAAUGUAAAGUAGUGGCUUGAGGCCUUAUAGGUUGGAUUUCAGCCCCCAUAAUGGUGCUGAAUCUCAACUUCUCUGAAGGACACCAUCCUGGAAAAGGAUGGUGUUGCUUCCUAGGGCAUUUCAUCCUACUUUAAUGAAAAAGUGAAUUUAUCAGCAAAUGAGCAUUAAUGAAUUUGCAUCCAAAUCCCAGCAAUUUAGAAAGAGGAGCCAUGUUAUGGACUGGUCUGUUUUAGUCAGAAAUCUUCUCAUAUCAAUGUAAGAAAAAAGUGAUCACUCUUUCCGUAACUAUGUUGUGUCUCUGCUCUGUGUCAAUUAAUCCUCAGUUUUCCCAAGUCUAAUCAACUGGCCAAAAGACAUUUCCAGAGCCAUAGUUCAGAUCUGAGAGUGGAAGUGACUGGCUAGGCCCGCGGGCUUGGCCAGCUGGGAGGAGAGAGGAAGGCAGGCAGGGUGGAUGGGAGAGAGAGAGAGAGAGAGAGAAAAUAAAAGGGAAAGGUGCGCUCGGGCAUGAAUAGCAAGGCUGACAUUUUCCCAGCUACCUUCCACGGGUGGCAAGAUGCGCCUUGAUGGGGAAGACGGUGCAAAAAAGGAGGAAGCGAGCGGGAAGCCCUCCCCCUGCUCUCCUUUUCUCCUUCGCGCUGGAGGGAGGCUGGUGCGGCGGGAGCAGCUCCAGAGCCUCUAGGUGCCGGAGGAGCGACGCUGGCUGCAGAGGGGGGAGCUGCGGGAAGAGCCGGGGAAGCAGCUGCUUCUUCUGGGUUUCAGGCAAUGACGGCGCGGCAAGUGCCUCCUCCCGCUUCGUAGCGUUUGCAGUCGCCCGCUGAGGUCCAAAGCAGCCGCACGCUUCGCGCUUAGGGCGGCCGGGAAGGUUCCUGGGCUGAGCGCGGCGCCCCGCAGGCGGAGUGGGCGGGCUGCACUGGGCCAGUGUGUGCCCGGCGCGCGCCAGAGGUCCUGCACAGCCACAGCCGCCGCCGCCGCCUGGAUGCCAGAAGCUCCCCGGGAGCCGGCGGCCAAGGGCACUCAGCGGCAGCUGGAGAAGGAAGAAGACGAAGAAGAGGAAGAAGAAGGCGACGAUCCCGUGCGCGAGCGGGGGCCUUUCUAGCCCGCUCCUCCUGGCCAUGGCCUCCAACUUUAACGAUAUAGUCAAGCAAGGCUACGUGAAAAUCCGCAGCAGGAAGCUCGGGAUUUUCAGAAGAUGCUGGCUGGUUUUCAAGAAAGCUUCAAGUAAAGGGCCUCGAAGACUAGAAAAAUUUCCAGAUGAGAAGGCAGCAUAUUUCAGAAAUUUUCACAAGGUAACAGAGUUACAGAACAUCAAAAACAUAACCAGACUGCCUCGAGAAACCAAGAAGCAUGCAGUAGCAAUUAUCUUUCAUGAUAAGACAUCAAAAACAUUUGCCUGUGAGUCAGAGCUUGAGGCAGAAGAGUGGUGCAAACAUCUUUGCAUAGAAUGUCUUGGAACUAGACUUAAUGAUAUAAGCCUUGGUGAACCUGAUCUACUUGCUGCUGGAGUUCAAAGAGAACAAAAUGAACGAUUCAAUGUAUAUCUUAUGCCUACACCAAAUUUAGAUAUCUAUGGUGAAUGUACGAUGCAGAUCACACAUGAAAACAUUUAUCUCUGGGAUAUCCAUAAUGCUAAGGUUAAACUGGUCAUGUGGCCUCUCAGUUCUUUGAGAAGAUAUGGGCGUGAUUCAACAUGGUUCACUUUUGAAUCUGGAAGGAUGUGUGACACAGGAGAAGGGCUAUUUACCUUUCAGACAAGAGAAGGUGAGAUGAUCUAUCAGAAAGUCCACUCUGCAACACUGGCAAUAGCUGAACAACAUGAAAGAUUGAUGAUGGAGAUGGAACAGAAAGCACGGCUUCAGACCAGUUUGUCCGAACCAAUGACGUUACCUAAGUCGAUCUCACUUCCUCGUAGUGCAUACUGGCAUCACAUCACUCGGCAGAACAGCAUGGGAGAAAUAUAUAGUUUACAAGGGCACAGUCUUGCAAAGGUGGCUCGUGCACAGACAUUUCCCAGCUACACUUCAGAACAAAGUGAAGAGCAUGAGCCACGCCUGUCCCUUUCCAGCAGCUAUGGAUUCAGCUACAGCUCGGACCUUGUGCAAUGACACACAUCUGGUGUUUGAACAGAGAGAGACACUCUAAUGUGGAAUCUACCUGCAGGCCCUGGAAGCCAUUGAUCUUUCCUUAGGUGUCCAGAGGAGUCUCCCGCCUGAUGACAGUGGAAGUAAAAGCUUGGAUCACUGCUUCCUUGAGGCAGAAGUCUAAGUCUUUUAUUUAUUUAAAUUUUAUAGUUGUUUUUGUCCAUGUUUUUUUAAAAGAAGAAUUCCCUUGAAAAUCAUGGAUGUAUGCAGUUGAUGUUUCUGCAUAACCGCAAACAUUAUGUGCUCUAAGAGGGUGGAUGUCAUGUUUGCAAUAUGAGGCUUUUGAUCAACUCUGCCAUCAGAUCUGCCUGUCCAUGACAGUAACCACUUUUAUCUCCAAGGCAUCAGCCUGGCUCAUUCUUACAUGUUACAAAACUUCAAAGGGUUUGGAAGGUUUCCUUCCAGUAAUUAUGCACAUUUUAGUCCCAUUAACCUCUAUGGGAUUUAUGCAUGUAUAUCUUUAGGACUAGGGCCUAAAGUUUCACUUGUGAGAAGAAGCCAGUGACUCUUAAUCAGAUUCUCAUUAUUAAAAUUAAUACACAAGAUAGAUAAAUAGAUAGAUACUGUCAAUGGGAUGGCAUGGUGAUGCUUAGUAGCCUUUCAGAAAAUAGAUUGUGUUGUGUAUUAAGAGGUAAUUUGCCUAGAAUAUUUGCCACACUGAAUUUUUAUGCCCAGAUUUGCUCUUAUCUAUGUGCAUUCUGAACCUAAUAAUCCACAGCUUUCUACUGGGGAACAGUGGUUAUAGAUGUCAAGGAAGACCGUGUUAAAAUACACUUGUCAAAGUCUUCCUUUUGUAGAUAAUUUUUGGAUAGUUGAAUUUGUAGUCAGUAUACUUUUAGCCCUGUAUACUGUGCAGGUAAGAAUUGACAUCACAUUACUUGAUGGCAGCCCAACAUUCCAUAGCAAAAUGCCUGGCUGGUAGAAUAAUUUCAAGAGCAGUUGUUUUUAUUGAGGUCUUUUAGGCAACAGCAUGGGUUUUCUCUCUUCCUUAUCAGCAUUUAUUUUGUGAUGGAGUCCCUGUACUAAUAAUAUCUUACUCAGUUUUACCCCGGAUCUUACAGAUAGAUACAUUUUGCCCUUGCAUUUUAUUACAGAUUGUCCUCAUUUAACAACCACUAUUAGGACAAGCAAGUCUGUCACUAAGUGAUGUCGCCAUUAAGCAAAGCAUUGCAUGACUGCAACUUGCAAUUUCCUGCUAGCUUUUCCAUUGACUCUGCUUGUUGGAAGCCAGAUGUGAAGUGGACAAAUAACAAAUAACACAAUUCGUAGGAAUGCUGCAACAGUCACAAGAGUGUGGCAGGUGUGUGUGUGUGGUCAUAAAGUUAUUUGCUCAGUGCUGUUAUAACUUUGGUCAUUAUAUAGGGCAUUCAUUAAGUGAGGAUUAUCUGUAAACAAUGACUUUUUAUUCCUUCCUACAGUCACAUGGAACUGGAUUGUUUAAAACGGUUGAGUCUUUUAUUGGCAUAUUUUGCUUAUUUCGGAUUUUUCCAACUAUAAAAAAUGAAUGUCAAUACCAAUGAUAGAAAAAGUGAAACUAUUGAAGUUCUCAG